AAGCAUCCCUCAUCUCUCACUCCACACACGUCAAGCCUUCGCAGCCGUCUGUGCCAUCAACCUGAAUGACUUGACCUCGAAACUGCUUCACUCAUUGUCCGGCUCACUGGAGCCCAUUAGACACGACCAUGCUCUCUCGACGGGCCUUGACCUCGGCCGCAGCUUCCGCUCGAUCCCUUGCCCGCACCCGACCUCAAUCUCAAAUCCGACCUCAAUUCCGCCUGCCUCGAGCUCAAUUUUCUGUGGCAAGAUGUCUGAAGGCUACUGCUGGAGAAGAGAUAGACGAUCCUGAAAUGAACAACAACUACAUUAACCCGCCUCGAAUCAAGCGACAGCACCGUGACCCCUAUGCCGACUGGGACGACAAGCAAGAACGGCGCAACUUUGGCGAGCCUGUCCAUGAAGACAAUGAUGUUCUCGGCAUUUUCGCUCUGGAGGAUUAUACGUUCAUGUCCAGCGCGCGAGGUGUCUUGAUGUGGGCAGGCUUCAUCACUUGCGUGCUGGGAGUGUACUAUGGCGUCGCAUACACGUACCCUGGCAAACCGAGUGCACCUCGAGAACUUGAAGGAGGACUGUUUGAGGAGCUUGGUGGCCCAGGCGCUGUCAGGGCACACAUGGCCGGUGACUCAGUUGACGGCGAAUAAAUCAGCGGUGAUCUUGAAGCAAAAUCCCCAAAUAUCGUGGGACGUCAAGCUGAACCAAAGUUGAAUGGUGUGGUAGUGCUGGAGGUUGAAGGCGAUCUCGACCCUCUCACACGCGAUGGAUCCAUUGGCCGGGAUUGAUCAAUGAUAUUCUUGCGCCGUACCAUUGCUCGUUCAGACAUCGUACGCAGCUGUAGAAAGGGGUGUACAUAGCUAUAAAGGCGGGUUUUGGAAGGUCAAAUUUACUUUUGUUCGAACGAAAUCAACCUUCAGACGUCAAUGUGUAAUCGGUUCGCACCAUUCGUAUAUCUAUCGAUCCAAGUCUGCAUUCUCAAAGACAACCUCCAUCGUGAGCACAAGUGUCUACGCACAAUAUGCAAAAUCUCCAAAGUCAAAGCAUUUACAU